AUGGGAGGCUCACGGGUAACCGUUAGGGUCCGAGCAGUCUACAGCGCAGACAACCUUAGUGUUGUGGACGACAAAGGGGAGCUGAUGACGGUCUUGCUGUGUGGUGUCCGGGCCCCCAAAUAUAACAGCAAAGACCCUGGGGCCUCGGAGGCCUAUGGCUACUUCGCCAGAGAGUUUCUCCGGAAGAGGCUUGCUGGACACAGGAUACAUUUAGAAAUCACCAAAGAGCUGCAAGCUAGCCCACGCCGUGUCCUUGCAAACGCGUUUAUUUCGGGAGCACACAUUAAUGAACAGGUCCUCCUUGCAGGUUGGGGAACAGUGAUUGACGCAUAUGCUAGCCAAUAUGUGAAAAAGUAUCUUCCUCAGCUUAAUGGUUCGCUUGAUCUUUCUUUACUUACAGGCGAAGAGGUACUGAGCGCUGCGCGUCUUAGUGAGCAACAAGAGAACCCCAAAAGCACCGAGACUAAGCUUGUUGAAGCACAGCUGAAAGCUAGAUUCAUCCAUCACUCUGGCAUGUACUCUGGAGAUGAGAAUCUGAGCCUAGUCCCAGCGAUGGUAGAUACUUCUGCAGCUCAGUUGCUCACCCAGUACAAGGAUCAGGAGCUUUCAGGCAGUGUGGAAUACGUUAAGGAUGCAAGCUAUUUCAUCGUUCUGAUCCAACUGAAGGAAGCUCCGUUGACCUGUGUGAAGGUACCUUGCAAGCCAUUUGGUGUUAUGACCGCAGGUGAGUCUGAUACGCUCAGCUCGUGUGUGCAGGAAGCAUAUGAUACUGCCAUUACUCUCUUGUCUGGCAAGACAGUUCGUGUGACUCCAAUGCUUUCUAGUGGGAAUUCUCUCUUAUGCAAGGUGACGGUCUGUACCAGUGGAGUGGAAGAUAAGGACUAUGCACAUGUCUUGCUCUCUAAGGGGUAUGCACAGACCGUGGACUGGAUGCUAGAUUCAGCCAGCUCCAUUAAGGAGCUCUAUAACAAGGCCGAAGAACAAGCGAAGAACAAACGGCUUGGUGUAUGGAAGAAUACAGACCAUGCAACUCAAGAAGUAAUAGAUAAAGAAGUCUCGGCGGGAGAGCUUAAGAAGAACAAGCAAUAUACAGGUAUGGUGAUAGAUGUGCCGUCUUCUGAUUCUAUUGUCAUCCGUCUCAAUGAUGGCUCUUCGUUGCGGGCAUGGUUCUCCUCGCUACUCGCUCCUAAAUGUGUAAUUUUAAAGGACUCUUUGGAGGUUGAAGAGGCUGGGUUCAAUCUUCGUGAGUAUCUUCGCAAGAAUUAUAUUGGCCACUACGUCACAGCUCACCUGGAUUAUCUACGCGACCCUCCAAAGUCUAGAGACAAUCUUCUACCACGGCCUUACUUUUCUAUAUACCUACAGGACGACGGCUCAAAUAUAGCACUCACCUUGAUUAAAAAUACCGGAUGCCGUGUCAUACGCCACCCCGUAUCGGAGACCAAUAGGUCCCGUGACUACGCCUUGAUGCUUGAGGCAGAGUCUGAAAGUCAGUCAGAGAAGCACCAAGAGUCCGGUGCACAUACCACCAGGAGCAUGCUCAAGGUGAUUGAUUACAGUUCCUCCACUGGGAACAGCAAGAUGCAGGUUCAACACUUUGCACGUGACCACACUGGAUGCUACCAGGCUGUGGUUGAGUCAGUUGUCUCUGGAAACAGGUUCCGUAUCUACAUGUCAAAUAAACGUGGAUUUAUACAGGUGGUGAUGAUUGCUAUUUCAGGCAUUGUAACGCCAUCAGUAAAACGUCGUGAAGCAUUUAGUAUGGAGGCUUUAGGAUAUGCUAGAAACACUCUUCUCAUGAAAGACGUCAAGGUGACUUUUACGGGAGUGGUCGACCAACGCACCAAUGCGCUUUUCGCUAGAGUUUCGGUCAUCUGUAAGGACGGCCAGGAGAAGGACUUUGGGGAGUCCCUUCUUGAGCGCGGCCUUGGUGAGCUUGUUAAGGGGAAAGCAGCCAAUGAAAGUGGACUUCCGUCGGCCUGUUUGCACACUUACACUGCCCUAGAGAGUAAUGCUAGAAAGAAACGCAUAGGAUUGUUUAAAUUUUAUAUAGAUUAUAAAGACUCGAUCAUACCUAAUCCUGGUUCCUGGGCCUUCCCUGAAAGGUACAGCAUUCAUGGGUUGCAGUUUCUUGACGAUGAGACUUUCGUUUUUCGCUUGAAGGACAGUGAAAGGACCACAAUAACGAAAGAGAUGCUUGAUAAGGCUGGUACAAAGGCUCUACACGACAUUUCUUCCGUGUUUGUUAAACAGAUCAUCAUUUAUCACGACACAAGCACAGACAAAUAUCUAAGGGCAAGGGUCGAGUCGUUGGUCUUCGACACAGAUGGCAGUGAGGAGCAUGUGAACAGCAAUGGGGUGCAGCUCUACCUCUUGGACGUUGGUAAAAGUGUCUUUCUAAAAGACGCACAGAACCUAUACGCACCCAUUCCAGACGAAUUACUGACUUCUAAACCAACUACUGCAACAGCUAAAUUUGCCUUAUUACAGCCUCUCAAGAAGGAGGCAACAGAUAAGGGGCUGGCCAAUCAGGAGUUUCUUGACUACGUUAGGCAGGAUAUAGUAGGUGUUGAUCUGAUCUGCUACUCGUGCGGAUACGAUAGAGACGGUCUCUUGAAUGUCUUUUUAUUUGGCGAAGACACAGAAAACAUCGAGGUUGAUGAUCCCAGUGAGCCGCCCAUUGAUGUUGUAGUCUCAAUUACAGGGAAAGUGAUAUCUAAUGGGCUUGCGAAGCUCACAAGUGAUGAAGAUAUACCACCAAAUGCAGAUCUAUACUAUGAGGUACUGACAGACAUUGAAAGGGAGGCUUUUCAUUCCAGAAGGGGUUUGUGGAAAUAA